AUGCGAGACAAUCGAUUAGACAGUAUUGUCAAUCUUCACACGAAGGAAUGUACGUGUAACGAAUUGGACUCACUUGGUAUCCCGUGUUCCCAUGCAAUUGUUGCUGCCAAGGAAAGAAAUAUACCCAUCCACAGUCUUUGUAGUCGAUUUUAUACAGUGGAUUCUCUAAUGACUGCGUAUGCAGAGCCUAUAAAUCCACUUGGCCACAUAUCUGAAUGGAAAAGUCCUUCUGGAUACGUAGAAAAGAUUAUCCUUCCCCUGAAGUUUGUGCCACAAGCUGGGCGACGGAGAGUGAGAAGAAUACCAUCCAGAGGAGAAUUUCGCAGACAAAUGAAAUGUGGUCGGUGUGGGAAUUAUGGACAUAACUGCCAAAAUUGUACUGAACCGCUUACAACCGUGCGAAGUGCCGAAAAUGCAAGAGACCGAGACACAAACACCCCUCAUCUAGUUUAG